UCCCUGUGAGUUGCCGUUGCCGGGUGAAUCAGCUCGGCGUCGUCCGUCACUGGUGGCCGCGGCCGCGAUCCCCGCCCCUCGGCUCCGGAGAGUCAGCAGGGCGCACGGCUUCACCCUCCUCCCUCCGUCACCCCCGGAGAGUCAGCCUCGCCCUCCUCCUCAGGCGGCUCGGGCUACGAGGCCGAGAUGCCGAGCCGCUUGCUGUCCGCCGCAGCGGCGUGAGAGAUGCCGAGAGGCGGCCCGCAGCGCAGCCGAGUGCAGCUGCUUCCUCCUCCCUCGCCCCGCCGCCUUUCUCCAUCUUCCGUCCCUUCUCGAUCUCCCGCACUCGCCCGUUGAUCUGCGUCGUCGCCGGACCGGGAGAAGGUGACGGGCUGGCGAGGCCGCCGGCACGGCCUGAGAAUGGUUUACUUAACUGGAACCAUGCUUAUUGUCCAUCCACUGGAGAAUUUGAAGGUGUACGUCAGCAGCCGUCCUCCCCUUGUGGUGUUUAUGAUCAGUGUCAGUGCUAUGGCCAUAGCUUUUUUGACACUGGGAUACUUCUUUAAAAUAAAAGAAAUCAAGUCUCCAGAGAUGACUGAGGACUGGAACACUUUUUUGUUGAAAUUUAAUGAUCUGGACUUGUGCAUAUCUGAGAAUGAAACAUUAAAGCACCUCAUUAAUGAAACCACCACCCCAGAGAGCACAGUAACAAGUGGACAAAUGCGAAGUUCCACUCAAUCCCCCCAACUUCUGGAUGAUCCUGGACCAAUAAAUAUUUCUGUUGCAAUAACGCUCACACUGGAUCCUUUAAAACCUUUUGGUGGAUACUCACGGAAUAUUACACAUCUUAGUGCAACUAUCUUUGGACAUCAAAUUGGACUGACAGGACGAGAAGCACAUGAAGAAAUGAAUAUCACAUUCACACUACCGACUUCCUGGAAUUUAGAUGAAUGUGUACUCCACAACCACUGUGAGCAGAUGGUUUAUACUACAUGUAUGACCAUCACUGCUGCAACUAAUGUUUUUCCUGUCACAGUCCAACCACCACAUUGCAUUCCUGAGACCUAUAGCAAUGCCACCAUCUGGUAUAAAAUCUUCACCACAGCUAGAGAUGCAAAUAGCAAAUACUCGCAGGAAUACAAUCCAUUUUGGUGUUAUAAAGGAGCAAUUGGGAAAGUCUAUCAUGCACUCAAUCCUAAACUAACAGUCAUUGUUCCAGAUGAUGACCGUUCACUCAUUAACUUGCAUUUGAUGCAUACCAGUUACUUUCUCUUUGUAAUGGUAAUUACAAUAUUCUGCUAUGCGGUCAUCAAAGGACGACCAGGAAAAGUGCGGCAAAACAAUAGCGAAUUCUGUCCAGAAAAGGUAACUCCUUCUUUUUCUGUGACUCGACAUGAUUUAAAGAAAAAUUGUACUCUGAUCGUGAUGCCAAUUAAAUACAGGCACUAACACAGUACACAAUUGUUGCACUAUCAGAAGCAUAAACCUGCUUCAUUUUUGGAUGUGGACAGGUAGAAGCAUUUGCACAUUAAGCCCAAGAGAAAGGGCAUUGACGCUUUGAAUGCAGUGUGUCCUGCAAAGUUGGUUUAUUCCAACCAAAGACGUUUUAAGUGCCUGUACUUACUUUGUACAUAUUUGUAAGGAUAUAUCCAAAACAAAUCCAUCAAUGCAUUUCCGUCACAUGCUAACUACAGUUUUUUUUUACAAAAAAAAACAUUUGCUGCCAUACCAGUCAGGACAAUAGAAAUGAAGUUCAUGAAGACUAACCAUGAAUUUGGAAGCAAUUCAUUUUUUUUUGUUAAAACUUAUUGAACCCUUUAGAAGUUUUGAGUUGCAAGAAUACUUUCACUAAGGUUGUAUCACAUGUAAAUAUGUUGGAAAUAUGUGCUGUAGUGGUAAAUACUGCAUUUCUGGCACCAAUGGUCUGUUAAGUAUUUGGAGUUGAUGUGUAUAUGUGGUUUAGCACAAUUAUCUCUUGUUAAUGCUUGACAGAAAAGUCAUCAUAUUUUGGAAAUUUGAAGAUUAAUGUAUAAUAUAAGUGCAUUUUGGUACUGCUUGAGCCUGCAGGAAAGGGAUAUAGAAUUCAGUGUGUAUUUUAUAAUACUGCUGUCCAACAUAAUUGCUUGCUUAGAACUGCCCAGCACUGGCUGUUUAAUGUGUAUGGCUUGCAAGUGUGGAUAUUUUUGUUUAUUACCAUCUAGUCAAAAUGUAUCGCAUGUAUAGUACUGUCAGCGAAAUGAUCCACAAAUUGCCUUAAUUACCUUCCUAUUUCUAUUGGUCUUUUUGUUGUCCUCGUGCAUAAGUAUUCCAAAAUCAUUAAGUCCUCUCUAAUACAUAGUGUAACUUCUUACUCUUGAAUUUUUCUUGCUUAUAAUGACAGUGAUUUAUUUGAAGUAAACUCCAAAACUGUCUCAAUGAUUUGUUUCAGACCUUGAAAUAAGGUAGCCUGUGUGAUCCCAGUAGCACCUAAUUAUCAUGUUGGCACAGUUUAGAUAUCAGUAACAAAUUUUUGAAAUUGGUCUUGCCAAUCAAAACCCUAAACUUCCAGGUUUCUGCAAAAUAAUCUAUCUUGUACAGAACAUAUUGUCAUUUUGUUCCGGUAAAAUUACAGGCCAAAUGACGAUAAACAGCUGUUUGGCUACAUUUCAUAGUCCCUUAGUUACUUCCAUCAUUCAUUAACUUUUGAAAAUGAGCCUUAGUUAUUUGCUGCACUGAACCUGACCCAAGUGGAUUGUUUGUUCAAUCAUUGAUAACUGUAUGGAUCCAGACAGCAGUGAGAGUUUUUCAUUGAAGUGUGAACAAGUCUCUGCAUCAUAGUGCACUUUUAAUCAUUAUUUUAUUCUCCAAGCAACUUUCUAUGAAUAUCUAUAUUUCGUACCUUCUGAUGUUCGGCUUAGUUUGGGAAAAUGAAAGUAUUUGAUUUUUUUUUCUGUCAGACAAACUUUUCAAAUGAGUGUAUAUUUGGUUGUGUUAAUGCAUAAGUUUGUGGGGAUCAAAUAGUUUAUAGCCUGAGAUUACUUGAUAGAAAAGAACAAAAUAUCCCAUGAAUGCAUGCAAAGUGUGCAGGCAUAAAUUAAAGGUAAAAUAAAAUACAUUUUAGUCCACCAGCCUUAACUGGUGUUUCAGGUUGGCAUGUUAGAUGCUCCAUGUUGUACCUGUGGCACAUCCUUGGAGGUGGCUUUCUUUGCUGCCUUCUGAUUUGAAUCUGGAGUUGUGCUGAUUAAGAGCUAUUGCUUAAACUAAGAUUGAUUGCCUAUGUAAGUGUAAUUUUUAACCGUAGUUGUGGCCUCAAAUCUCAGUUCAUUGGUAAAGUGCCUAAGCACUAGUUAGGAUGCCCUGUAGUUUGUUUAGGAAGGAAAAGCUUUGUGAUUUGUAUUGUUGCAUGAAUGUAAUCAUAGCACAUUAUUUUAUGACAAUCUCUCUCAUUUCUGGAAUUACUGUGCUUUUGGUAAGAUUUGCAUAUGCUUUUUGCUGAAUAAAAGGAUCCAAUAGUUAA